UAUAUUUUAGCUCAAGCGACUUGCGGGUGUUCGUGAAUAACUUCACAUUGUUUGAUUAUAAGUGAUGCAUGUUUUCUUCUGUGGAAUGUCUACGAUGGUAGCGCAAGGAGGAAUCUCACCGCAGAGUUCGAAGCUCUGUUCAGGCAGCUAUACUAUGAACGAUAGUGACGUUCAGUAUACUUCAACUGGAUUGAUGCGAAAGUCUGUGGAGAACCUGCUCAUAUCUAGUCACGACGUGAUUGGGAGUAGCAUCAGUCCUACCCUCACAUUUGGGGCCAUGACUUUACCAACCAACUGUCCCCAGGGACAUGUAGCAAACUCUCUGGAAAUACGGCCACCAAGCCCAGGUGCAAGUCCACAAUCCAGUCCACGCCUAUCCCCUCGGCAGAAUCACAAGAGAGACCAUUCCAAAGGGGAGAUAUCUGUUGGAAGUUGCAGGGACACCUCUCUCUUGGAUAAGUUUGAAAUAAUAGAGGAUGGUCUCAGUCGGUCAUCUGACUCAGGUCACAUUCAUGAGCUGAGCCGGAGCAUAAGUCAUGAGGGUCCCAGCAAGGAACGUACCAAGGAAUCUGGUCGUGGUUCUGAUCGCACCAAGAAGAAGUCAUCGUGGUACAACGUAUUGUACCCAACGUACAAGUCACGAAGCGAGGACUUCAAGAGAAUCUUCAAGGAUGUUCCAUCAGAAGAAAGGCUAAUUGUAGAUUAUUCGUGUGCUUUGCAGAAGGAUAUUCUCGUUCAUGGGAGACUUUAUGUCUCACAAAACUACCUGUGUUUUUAUGCCAACAUAUUUCGAUGGGAAACAUCAGUAUCUUUGAGGUGGAAAGAUGUCACUGCAAUAACCAAAGAAAAAACAGCUUUAGUUAUACCUAAUGCAAUUCUGGUAUGCACAGAAGGUGAAAAGCUUUUCUUCACUUCAUUUGGUGCAAGGGAUAAAACAUAUCUCAUGCUGUUUAGAGUAUGGCAAAAUGCACUCAUGGAUCAGCAAUUGUCAAUGCAGGAGAUAUGGCAAUGGGUUCACACUUGCUAUGGAGAUGAAUUGGGCCUCACCAGUGAUGAUGAAGAUUACAUUCCACCACCUAAUGAAGAAGACAAGCUUUCCAGCAUCAGUGUGCGUCUAUCUGUGGAUUCCUUCUCAGAGCAGGAAAGUUGCAGUAUGACAGAGUCUCACAUGGAGACAACAAACACAGAGGAGCAUCAGAAUGAUGCACCAACUGCGAUUACCACUGGCAUGUCUGUUCAUUCCACAUCCCGCCAGGAAUCGUACACUGGUACCAUACUACAUUCCACAUCUCGCACAGAAUCUACAGGACAUGACCGGAGCUCAUUACAAGUUCCUGUCUCUGAGACACUUCCCACUGACAUGAGUGAUACAACUGAGUCAGAAGCUGAGAAGCAGGGUACAAGAGGUUCAUCAAAGCUAGUAGCUUGCACAUCAUCUCAUGAGGGACGUAAGAUAAUUCGAAUCAUUGUUCCAAUCCACGUUGAUCUGCUGUUUACCAUGCUAUUCACAAAUUCCAAGUUCUACCUAGACUUUCACAGUGCUAGAAGAACAAGUGAUAUUUCUCACACUCCUUGGCAACAAGAUUCUGAGACUGGUACAAAGCAGCGAGUAGUGACCUUGACCAUGCCCCUAAGUCAGUCAGUUGGACCCAAGACCACACAGGUAACUGAGAAACAGGUAAUGCUGCCAUGUAGCAAACCUGGUGAGCUAUAUGCAAUUGAUUCAGAUUCUGUUAAUUCAGGAAUUCCGUAUGCAGACUCAUUUUACAUUACCAGUCAUUAUUGUAUGUCUCGAACUGCUGAUAAUGAGUCAUGUCUUGCUGUCUAUGCUCAAAUCAAGUACAAGAAGUCUGUAUGGGGUCUUAUAAAGAGUUUUAUUGAAAAAAAUACUUGGUCUGGAUUGGAAGAUUUCUAUUCACAUCUACAGAGGGUUCUACUUGAGGAAGGAACUCACUUAUCUGUCACUAAGAAGAAAACGCGACGGAGGAGGAGACUUAUGCCUGUGUGUGCCACUGGAUCAGAAGAACCUAAACAUAGAAUUAGUAGACCUGCUGCAAGAUUUCCAUUACCUGAAUUACGUAGUCCUGCAGACAGUCUUAGCUGGGUGGUUCUUGCAGUUCUCCUUUUCCUAGUUCUUCUCAAUGCACUCCUCUACUACAAGCUUUGGACACUGGAAGAGUGGACACAGGACUCAAGUCACAGCUUCACUGUUAUGGACCUGCAGGUUCUUAGGCAACCACCAAAGUCCCAUGAAGAAUGGCUACACUUAGUCCAGCAGCAAGAAGCACUUCACAAUAUAGAAAUGCAGAAGUGGCAGAAAAUAUUACAAGCUGCUGUACAACUAUUAAGACAGACAGAAGAAUCACUUAGUGAGUUACAAGUCGCCAUUAACCCAAUGAUCAGCAAGAAGGUGUUGUCAGUGUUGAAGGACACAUUCACAGAGGAGAUACCUAAAGAUGAAGUGGAGUCGGCAGCAUCACAACCAGAAGUUGAUCAGUCAACGGUACCUGAAGGAGAACUUUAACUAUCAUUUGUAAAAUAUGUGAUCAUCUUGCCUGUAUAUAUGUGAAGAAUCGGUGACACAAAAUACAUACCCAGCAGUAUUGCACUGUAUAAAGUAUUAACUUCGGUAUCAGCUGUGGGUUACAAAUCUCUUGAGCCCAGUGUAUGGAAUAUAUGUAAAAUAAUAAAGAUGAUGGUAUGGGGAAAAAAUUGGAUGGUCAAAUAUAGUUGAGUAUUAUCAAUUUCCUUCAACCUUUUCCACUCCUGCCAUGUUAUAAUGUCAGAUGCAGACUUUGGCUUCAAAGUUGUGAUGUAUUCUGUUGCUGUCUUUUGAUUAAUGUUGGAACUUUGUGCACUGAAAUAUUUUCUUACAGGUGUUGUUUUAGUGUAACAUUGGACAGCAGUUAGUAUUGACUAAUUUUGAGAUGGAGAAUAUUCAUUUUAUUUUAAAUAAUAUGGGAAAAAUACAUAAAUAUAUCAUUACCAGGAAGUGAAAAAACAAAUUACUUCAAAUAGAAGGAGAAAAAGAAAUGAAUUACAAUUACUUAUAAUUAUAAACUGAUUCCACUAUCAUGCCCAAGCAACUGUGAUGUUUGUAUUCAUAAUAUAAUAAAUUUCUGCAUGAUUAAAAUGGUAGUAUGAAAUUAUAAGUAGCUGCAGCCCUCUUUUUUUAUAUAAAACAUUAAGAAUGUUCCAGCAUUUUAUUCCAUUUCCUAUGAUCUUGAAUUUGUACAUUAUCAACUGUACAAUUUCUCUAAAAGAAUAAUUCUUUUGACCUUCAUUCAGUUUAAACUAAGACUGAAACUUAAUAUAUGUAUGUAUGCUUGUUGUCAUGCACAUUGAAUUUUCAGUGGUAAUUGUUGAAUUCCAAAGCUGGUGAUUACAUUUACUCAUUAAAUAAUACUAACAGUCCUUUCCUGGAUGUAAUGGUAGGUGUUGUAAACAUGAAACUUGAAAAUUCAUUUUGCCCUGUUUAACCAAAUAUUUUGCUUUUAUACCAAUUGCCAUUUUCCCCUCAAUAGAUUCAUAAAUUUGUCUUCACCAUUAAUCGUUACAUAUGUACAGACUCAAUAAAAGAGCCCGUAGGUGUGUACUGUCAUAAUUUUUGACAGUAAUGCAAAAAUUUAAAACAGGUUUUCAUCUCCAUGUUCAGUCUUUGCUAAAAAUAUUUCACUGUUUACAAUCAAGGAAUGUUUCUAUUUUUGAAAGAAAGUAUAUGCAUAGAACUUAAUAUAGUUUACAAACUUUACACAAAUUCUGAUGUGUAAGAUAUUUACUAUAAAUAGAUUUUGAAAUUUUGAUUGUAACUUAACUGAAGAAAUUAAAUAGUGCGUGAAAGUGUGUUCUGAUUGUUCCUGUACAGUGAAUGAAUUUUAAGGUUAACAUAAAAUAAGUAAAUUGCCUCUGGAACAAAGAGCAUGAUGGACAGAACGGUCUCUAUUAGGAUGUCAUAAGGUGAAAGCAAGAAAUCUGUUGAUGUGCUGUAGCAUUAAUAUAUUGAACACAUAAUAUACAAGAUGUUAUAUUCAAGGAGGAAAAUACCACCAUUUAAAUAAACAUACCAUAUCCUUGAGUGCUGGUGGGUUAUGGGAUGGGGAAGGCCAGCCUGUGUGACCCCCUCAGAAAAUAUACUAAAUAAAACUAUUUUUUAAAAGUACUUCUGUGCUGAAUGGGAUACAAAAGCAUUAAGUAACUUAUGGCUUAAAUGUAAGUUUGUAAGCAAAUUUUGUUGCUGCGCCCCUUGAAAAAUCCUGGUGGUGCCCAUAAUCAUAUCUAUUCAAAACUGUUUUCUAUUUCAGUUGCAUUUUAAGAGUUAAACUACAAGGAGACUUAUUUAUUUUUCCUUUAACAUGAAAUAUGAAUGCAUAUAUUUGACCAUCCAUUGUAGAUUAAGGGAGUAAAUGAACACUGGAAUUCUAAUAUGGCUCUUACAUGCCAACUAAUUUAGGUUAUGUUGGCUACUUUGAUGGCUGUGUAUGUUUACUGGAUAAAAGUCAAAAUUGUUUCCUUAUUGGAAAACAUGUGUAGUAAAUCUAUAUGAAAACUGCUAAUUUUGAAGCAUCUUUGAAUUCAUUUUAUACUGGAUUUUGAGUUGCCUGAAUGGUAUGAUAAUGGGUUAAAAAUAUCAGUUAUUCAACCAAUAAGAUUACAGUUGACUGUAAUUCCAAAGUUAUAACUUGUGAUACAUGAUCCUGAAUUUGUGCCGUGUAUAUUGCUUUAGAAUAAUUGCAGUAAUCAUCACAUCUCUCUUGCCCAUUCACCAUGUACAGUGUCAGUACACCAGUAGGUAUUCCCUUGCCAGGACACAGAAUUGAGGAAUGCAAACUGAAGGGCUGUUAUUGCACUGUGACUUGCCUUAAAAUGUUGUAUUGUUAUGAUGUUAUGUAUGAAGUGAUGGAAGAUGAAAAAUAAUGAAGUUCCUGCCCUUUUACUCCAGUCAUUUUGGUUUUUAUUUCCCUGUGGUAUUGUGCAAAGGGAUGCAGUUUCUUCUGAGCAGAUUAGCUUGGGCACUAAUAUUUCUCUCUUAUUUAGGAGGUACUUAGUUUCUUAAGUUUAAGCUGUGGUUGUUUUAUAGUGGUUCUCAGUGUGUUGUUGCUGGAAUAGUGCUUUCCCAGUAUUUUCAAGUUCAGCAUACAGAAUCAUUUUCUCAGCUUAUUGAAAACUAAAUAACACUUGCAGUGGAAUCAGUGUUCUUAUUUAUUUCCAGUCCAUCAUGUAUAAUCAACCUUUUAUCUUAUGUGAAGAAAAAUAAGUCACAUUUGAUACACAAAAAUUAACCACUUGCCUUAAUAUUUUUCUCAAAUUUAGAACAAAAAAGCAUAUUAUUUCAGAUUUAUGGGUCUUGAUUCAGGUCCACUGGCAACCUGCAGCUGGACCUUGUAGUUAUGAUGUAUAGUACUCUGUUGCUACUGGCAUCAGAAGGAAUAUAAACAGCAGUGUUAGCAACAGUAUUCCAUUGAACGGUUUUGAACUGAUGGCAGGAUAUAUACACACAUAAUAUAACCUGUUUCAGAAAUGUUGAAAUUUUUUAUCAGCAGUAAUGCAACUUACAGCUUUUUUUAAAAUACUUCAUUAAUUACUUUUACUGUAAGUGUUGUAUGCUACAAGUGGACAAGCACCCUGUUCAAAUUCUGGUGAUUGUUACAACAAGGAAGCAGACUGCUGAUCAUAUUGUUGUAAACCUUUAACAUUUUCAAGCAUGUGUGGAGGCUUCCAGGCCAAGGGAAGCGAAGUUAUAACUUGAGAAAUUUCAUAUUUCGGGUUCUUUAGAAAUUGUAUUUUGUGAUUGAAAGGGUCAGGUCAGUCAGCAUGUGUAUACUUUUGAUCCUUACAUCAAAUUUAAGACUUUUGUUUAGGGAGAUGUUCUAGGAGAUGGGAGAGAUGAACAGUCAAAGGGAAUUGUGAACACCUACACAAUUGACUUUUAAAAAUUUCAGUUUUGGUGUAUUAAUGUAAAUUAAUUAAUAAGUGCUAUAAGAAGCCAUCCCAGCACACAAGAUUUUUCAGCAUUUUAUGAAUAUUAGUGAAUAUUUGCAUUUCCUGGUCUACAAUGUUAACCUGAAGAUAAUUCUCAUUCCUUCCCUCCUGAGUGUAAUGUGGUAACUGAGAGCUCAUGAUCUUGUUUUAAUGGUUUUAUUAUGUGCAAUACUAGAAAUUGAUGGAUUAUCCAUAGAGAGUAUAUUUUGGAAUGUACUGUGUAAUGUGGCAAUUGUUAUAGUAGUUUUAUCCAGAUAUAGAAUCUAUUUGUUACAUCUCUUGCACUGUCUCAAAUGUAAAUGUAUUCCAUAACAAGUAUCAGUCUAUUUUGACUAUUGUUAAUACAAUACAAAGCUGUUAAUGUUUUCCUGGCCUUUGAAUUUUUUUAAAUUUACAUAUUAAUCUUGUAAGCACAUAGUAUGGAAAGGCAGUAUUAUUCAGUAGAAAAUUUUAACAGUACAGAUUAUGUAGGAAGUACUAAAGUAUUAUGAUGAAGUACUUUGCUAAAUGAACUGAAUAGGGGUAACAAUUAAAUAAAUGGAGGAAAAUACUGAAGAAUGGGCUGUCUAUUGGAAAUUUCAGUUUAUACAUGUAUCAUGAAACAAGUUAAAGAAGGUAAAACUUUUAAAAAUUAAAUAGGUGCUGCAAAAAAAUUAUGUCAGUGAACUUUUAGUCCCCACUGGAAGAUAACCUGGAUUUUCACCACCUAGGUGGUUAAAGAAGAAGAGUGUCUUAUUUCAGAGAGAAAUAUUGUUUUCCAUCAUUUUGUAAAAUUCCAGUCAGUUCUGUUAGAAAUUAAAAGUAGCAGUCAUGGCCUGGGACUUUUCUCAUGAGGCAAAUAUUCAUGAAAUUUAAACAGUAUAGUGCUUUUAUCUACUCCAUACUAUGAGUAUGCUUAUCAUGAAAAUUCUAAUAACGGUUUGAUGUAUUGGAUUAUGCAUGUAUUUGGUAGGGUAUUUAUGCAUCCUCCUUUCUAAUCCUAUACUACUGAGAGAAUGCUGUACCAUUAAGAUAUGUUAGAAGAGCAGUGCAGUUAAUCAUUGAACUUACUCAGUUUGGAACAAACAGUUUGGUUUCCUACAAGUAUGGAACUAUCCCAGCCAAACUCAGACAUAUGCUUCACCUCAAUAUUGCAGUUACUCUAUCAGAUCAUGAAGCAAAUGCAUAUAUUGAUUUAAUACUGUGUGGCAGUGUAUUGUUGUUGAGAAUAUAUUUCAAGCAAUUCUAUUUGCUGGAAACAGGGCAUUGCCAUGUCAAGGAAAUAAAAGAGUUGUUACAGAGUGA